GACAUCAGUUGCCUUACUGGUCUUUCUUCAUCGUCGUCCUUUCCACUUUCCAAUCUUUCUGCAAACCCUAAUUCGCCAAUUUUCAAAUUCCCAACCGAGUCACUCAAUUCGAUUCCAUGGACAGUCACUCUCAUUUAACUGUACCCAAUCGCUCUCGAAGCUCCCAGUCUCCGUCCCCUUCCCACUCUGCUUCUGCUUCCGCCACUUCGUCUAUUCAUAAGCGCAAGCUAGCGGCAGCUGCCUCUGCGGCGUCUGAAGACCACGCGCCGCCAUUUGCUCCCUCUUCUUUUUCUGCAGACACGCGGGACGGCGCGCUCACAUCCAACGACGACCUGGAGAGUAUAUCGGCCCGUGGUGCUGACUCCGACUCUGACGCUGACGAUUCAGACGCCGUGGUUGACGAUGAUGAGGAUGAAUUCGACAAUGACUCCUCCAUGCGCACAUUCACCGCCGCCCGUCUGCAGACUAAUGCCGGAGCGUCGGCCACCGGAGCUGGCUCCGGUGGAGGCGGAGGGUCUUCAGCUCGUAAUACGAAGUUGAAGGCGGAAAAUUCGACGGUGAAGAUAGAAAAGUCGGAUGGCGGGAAGGAUGGUGGACCCGCGGGAACAGGUGCCAUGGGUUGUACCACGGCUGGUUCUGUACCAUCCCUGUCCAAGGAGGAUGCAGUAAAGAUAUUUACGGAGAAUUUGCAAACUAGUGGAGCUUAUAGCGCUAGAGAAGAAAAUCUGAAGAGAGAGGAGGAAGCAGGAAGACUCAAGUUUGUAUGUCUUUCAAAUGAUGGUAUUGAUGAGCAUAUGGUUUGGCUGAUAGGAUUGAAGAAUAUAUUUGCAAGGCAAUUGCCCAACAUGCCCAAGGAGUAUAUUGUCCGCCUUGUGAUGGAUAGAAGCCAUAAAUCCGUCAUGGUUAUCAGGCAUAAUCAUGUUGUUGGUGGCAUCACGUAUCGUCCGUAUGUCAGCCAAAAGUUUGGAGAGAUUGCUUUUUGCGCAAUCACAGCAGAUGAACAAGUAAAAGGUUAUGGUACAAGAUUGAUGAAUCAUUUGAAGCAACAUGCACGUGAUGUGGAUGGGCUAACACAUUUUCUGACAUAUGCUGACAAUAAUGCUGUUGGUUAUUUCAUCAAACAGGGUUUUACCAAAGAGAUUUACUUGGACAAAGAUCGAUGGCAAGGAUAUAUUAAAGAUUAUGAUGGAGGCAUUCUUAUGGAAUGCAAAAUUGACCCAAAACUUCCUUACACGGAUUUAUCAACUAUGAUUCGUCGUCAAAGACAGGCAAUUGAUGAAAAGAUAAGAGAGCUGUCUAAUUGUCACAUUGUUUAUCCUGGAAUUGAUUUUCAGAAGAAAGAGGUUGGUAUUCCUAAAAAGAUAAUCAAGGUUGAGGAUAUUCCUGGCUUGAGGGAGGCUGGAUGGACUCCUGAUCAGUGGGGCUACUCGCGUUUCAAUGCAUUUAAUACUUCUACAGACAGUGCCACAAAUCAAAAGCAUUGGACUGCAUUCAUGCGCUCACUUUUGAAGUCAAUGCAUGAUCACGCUGAUGCUUGGCCAUUUAAGGAGCCGGUUGAUGCUCGUGAUGUCCCUGAUUACUAUGAUAUCAUUAAAGAUCCCAUGGACCUGAAGACAAUGUCUAAAAGGGUAGAAUCAGAGCAAUACUAUGUAACCUUUGAUAUGUUUGUUGCGGAUGUCAAGAGAAUGUUUGCCAAUGCUCGCACGUAUAACUCGCCUGAUACCAUUUAUUAUAAAUGUGCAACCAGGCUGGAAGCCCACUUCGAAAGCAAAGUUCAGUCAGGUUUCCAAUCCGCUGCCAAAAUUCAGUAGUAAUGAAUUCAACAAAUGUACAUGCCUAAUUCUAAGGUUAUCUUCAUUAUGCUCUGGUGUGUGACUUAGGUUGUAAUUUAUGCCUCUUGGGUUGCUAAGACAUGUUUGUUGUUGGAGCCACCAGGACUUAGUUGGGUUUUCCACCCUUGUACCAAAUUUGGAAAAGAAAAAAAAAUAAAAAUAAAAAGAAAGAAGAAAGGAAGAAACAUUGUACGCUGUAUAUCUUAUGGGGCUGCCUGCCCGUGAAGAAUUUUUUUUUUUUUUAAUUUUUCAUCUAGUUUUCCUUUUA